GAGCCGGGGGUGUCUGAGCUGCUCGGAGUUGAGGAGGCUGAAGGAGAAGAAGCGUGCCCGCGUGCCGCAGCGCGGGGCGGCGGGUGGCCGGGGAUCGGACGUGCCCUUGCGCUGGUGGUGCGAUGGAAGGCGACGGGAGGCCCCGCGGUCUUCCGCCGUAGGGCUUUUAUGCGGUGAAAGAAGCGCUCCGGAGCACGAACGCGUCCCGACUGAGAAAAGCGGUGUAUCCGCGAGGAGAUACAAUGACUCAACGAGACCCCGUCCCCUGCUCUGUGUCCCCCAGCCGCCUUUCCCGCUGUGAGGUGCGUGGCUGAAGGCGGUCGGUGGGAGAUGAGGCCCGGAGCGAGGGGCUGCGAGGCGACUUGCUGACCCGCAGCCUUCGUGGGCAGCGCCGGCAAUGGGGAACGGCAGCUCGGCCGUGAAAGUGUGCGCCGAUCACCAGGGAGGCAUCAACUGGCUGAGCCUCAGCCCCGACGGGCAGCGACUGCUGACGGGCAGCGAGGACGGCACGGCGCGGCUCUGGAGCACGGCCGACAGCCAGUGCCACGGCCACUUCCAAGGACACGAGAGUUACAUCACCUUUUGCCACUUAGAAAACGAGGCUGCCUUCACAUGUAGUGCAGAUCAUACCAUUCGAAAGUGGGACGUGGUGACAGGCCAGUGCCUGGCCAUUUACCGUGGGCACACAUCCAUUGUGAACAGGAUCCUGGUUGCCAAAGACUAUCUGUUUAGUGGCUCCUAUGACAGGACAGCCCGCUGCUGGAGUGUGGACAAGGAGAAACAAAUCCAGGAAUUCCGGGGCCAUCGGAACUGCGUCCUGACUCUAGCUCACUAUUCCUCCAAGGACGUCCUUGAGGAGGAGGAGGAAGAAGAGGAGGAGGAGGAGAGAGUAAGCAGAGACCUCCUGGUGACAGGUAGCACGGACUGCACUGUAAAGGUCUGGUGGGUGUCCAGCGGGCGCUGUUACCAGACUCUGCUGGGACACACUGGGGCUGUCUUAUGCCUUAUACUUGACGCACCAAACAGGGAGCUGUUUUCUGGCAGCACGGACUAUACCAUUCGAACAUGGAAUAUUGUUACUGGAGAGCAGCUGAAAGUGUUCAAAGAGCAUCAAGGAUCAAUAAUUUGCCUAGAGCUGGUGAAUCGGCACUUGUAUUCAGGAAGCGCGGACAGGACAGUGAAGUGCUGGUUAGUGGACACUGGGGAGCGAAUCCAAACGUACAAGGCUCACAAACACAGCGUUAGCACUUUGAAAUACCACGCUGGGAUCUUAUUCACUGGGAGUGGUGAUGCCUGUGCACGAGCCUUCAAUUCCAGGAGUGGUGUCCUGCAGAAGAUCUUCCGAGGACACAAGUUCAUCAUCAAUUGCAUCCAGAUCCACAACGAGCUGCUGUACACAGCCUCCCACGAUGGAACACUGAGGAUUUGGGACAUCCGGGGAAUAUGCAAGAGAAAUAAGCGGCGUUUGAAGAAGGAGAAAUGUGUCCAGGGCAGGAGCUCUCAGAAGGGAAGUCUGUCUCGUCUCUUCAACAAUAAGGUCGGCUGUAUGGUACAGCAAGAAAAUGGGGAACACGAGACUGUUGAACUAAUGUGACUGUCCACAACAGACUUUCUGUGAGUGACCAAAGCUGAACCUUCCGUUUUCUGCACUGCUGUCUUCAUGCAAGCCAGAACUUGGAAAGAGAUGGGAGACAGCUUUGGUUGAAACUCUGUUUAAAGAGCCAAAGCUCUCUGUGGCAGUCAGAUGGACUCCAGUCAUGUUGCUGCUCAAGAUGACUCAGCUGAGCAGUACUGGGGGCAGGAGGGACUGAGUGUGUAGCAGCAGUGUGGCUGUGUUGUUAAGAACUUUAUUUACAGCUGCUUUUUUUCAGUUCUCCCUGGGGUUGAGGUGUUGCACACUUCCAUGUGGCUGGAAUCUGACAAGGACUUUCUGCCUAUCCCCACUGCCCUCUCGCAUGCCCUUAGUUCAGCUGAAUGCCUGAGCAUGGCAGGAGCAAGGAGGUUGUGGCACCACAUCUGGAACAGUGGCUAUGCAAUACCCCUGGGCAGCCUAGCUCAGUGCUCGGUUCUGCGUGGUCCUUGUAUCCAUGUGGGAGUUCCAGUUGUGCUUCACAGGGGGUGGGCAUGAAAUAUGGGGGAAGAAUUGCUGGAAAGGUGUUGUCUUUCUUCCUUAUGUGGUUAUACCUGGCCUUGGCUUGCUAGCAGCAAUGGCUGAGCUGCUGAAUCCGAGAGUAUUUCUCCCCAUCUUUUUCCAGGUUCAUCCCUUUCUGAUAACCACUGAGCCGUGAAUAAACAAAGGUUCUUCUAUUUUUCUAUUUGCAGAUAUAACCCUUUGUAGAACCAGUACAAAAAUAUCUAACCACAUGUUUUUAUUUUUAUGGCUUUAUUUAUUCUGUCUACUACAGCAAGUUAGCAACGCUGUAAUUCUUUCUUAGAACGGACCAAUAAACAUGUGGCAUCUACAACUGCCUGUCUUGCUUUUAUCUACUUCUCAGGUAGAGGGAAUUUGCCUGCAGGUGCACAGCAGCAAAGGAUGGAUGGAAUAUGGAAAAACAAUAUUCGCUUUGGGAGCCAUUUCCCUUGCUGCUGGGGCUGCCCUUGGGGCAGGGCUGGUGUUGGCUCUGUGUGCUCCUUUCUUCUACUGCUGUGUUUUGCUUAUGAUGGCAAGGUCUGUAGGAAAGCAGUAGCAGAGAUGGAAUAGUUGUGACAGGCAGUGUGGGCUAAGACUUCUGGGUUAAAACUUUGAACUGACUGCCCACGGUAUGUGAGAUGUGAGAGCUCAUCACAGGGCAGCUGCACAUGAAGAGGCACAGAGCUCAUAGAGUGGAAUUAAUGAGUCAUUGCUGUUUCUGUCUGUUGCUAAAGAUAUCAGUGUCUUCAAAUGCACGUUCAAAAUUAACUAAAUCCUUCAACUAAUGCCUCCCACCCUGCUGAUCACUUAAAACUGCGCACACAGUUCCUGGGGGCAGUGCUGGCAGAGUUACAUCACAGAAGAACGGCUUCUCCUGUAAGCUUUGCAUGUUAAGAUGCUAAUUUUACAAACCCCAAGGAGAAACGUUCACUUUUUGAGUUGUCACUGCCACUUGGCUACGUAAACUGUGCUGAAGCAGAGAGCUGCUGCCUUCCAUGCCUGCCCAUGGUCUACCACAAGGUAAUGCCAGUGCAGUGCCACCUACUCCUUGAUAAAGCUAUGUACAGCUCUUGGCUUGGUUGGUUGUUUCCAUUGUCUAGGUAUAUUUUGGUUUGUAUGUUGUUCUGUGCUCUUCUGCAGAGAGACAGUGGGGAUACAGCAGUUGCUGGUUUUUUUUUUUUCUUUGCCUCAAGUUUGCAUUUCUGGCUUUAGAAACAUGUUGGUCAGUGGGGAUGAAUUAACACAACUACCCUGUUUCUGUAGUGCUUGUCUUGACACAUAAGUGUGAAAUAAACAGCAAGUAACUAAUUAA